UGGGACUUUUUGAUUGACUUUUUUUUUUUUUGCACUAAAAUACAGUUUCACCAAUUCCCAAAUUGGCAAUUUUUAAGAAUCAUAAAUAGAUGAAGAAUUUUUUCCCAGUAACUUUGUAAGUCGUAAACUGGAGCAAUUGCAGCUAAUUCUUGGAAAACCCAUAUUGGCAAUGGCAGACUGAAUUUAACUAUUUUUUCAGGGUUUUAUUUGCAGUUUUCUUUCAAGGUGCGUAGAAGAGCAUCAAGGUUGGGAAUUUAAGAAAGCUUUCGCUUCAUAUCCCACAAAAUGACAAUGAAACCAUCAAAUAACAUUUGGAUUCGACGCCAGCAGUGUGCAUGUGGAGAUUGGAAGUGUUAUGUUAAGUUUGAAGGAGAUGAUCAGACAUCAGUAAGCUCUCAGCUAAUAAAGAAUGAGACAGCUUCAACGUCCUCAUCAUCAGAAGCAGUGUUUAUGCCAUAUGUUGGUCAAAUAUUCAAAAGUGAUGAUGAUGCUUUUGAGUACUAUAGCAAUUUUGCACGGAAGAAUGGAUUUUCAAUAAGAAAAGCACGCUCCACAGAAAGCCAGAAUUUAGGGGUCUACCGGCGAGAUUUUGUCUGUUACCGAUCUGGGUUUAAUCAACCAAGAAAAAAGGCCAAUGUGGAGCAUCCCAGAGACCGGAAAUCAGUGCGAUGUGGAUGUGAUGCAAAAUUGUAUUUGACAAAAGAAAUCGUCGAUGGUGUUACUCAAUGGUAUGUUUCGCAAUUUAGUAAUGUCCAUAACCAUGAAUUGUUGGAAGAUGACCAAGUACGUUUGCUUCCCGCAUAUCGGAAAAUACAGGAAGCAGAUCAGGAAAGAAUUCUGUUACUCUCCAAAGCUGGGUUUCCUGUCAAUCGCAUCGUGAAGGUGUUGGAACUAGAAAGGGGAGUUCAGCCCGGACAGUUGCCCUUUAUAGAAAAGGAUGUCAGGAAUUUUGUACGGACUUGUAAAAAAACUGUUCAAGAAAAUGAUGCUUUGCUUACUGAGAAGAGAGAAAAUGAUACAUUGGAACUUCUUGAGGCGUGCAAGGCUAUGGCAGAGAGGGAUGCUAAUUUUGUUUAUGAUUACACUACAGAUGAAAAUAAUAAGGUUGAAAAUAUUUCAUGGUCAUAUGCAGAUUCGGUUCGUGCAUAUACAGUAUUUGGUGAUGCGGUUACCUUUGACACCACUUAUCGUUCCAUCACCUAUGGAUUGCUUCUUGGAGUAUGGUUUGGUAUAGAUAAUCAUGGAAAGCCAAUUUUCUUAGGAUGUGUAUUACUGCAAGAUGAAAGUUCUAAUUCUUUUGCUUGGGCUUUACAGACUUUUCUUCGUUUUAUGAGAGGUAGAUGCCCACAAACAAUUCUAACAGAUAUAGAUUCAUGCCUAAGAGAUGCUAUUGCAAGGGAAUUGCCAAAUACAAAACAUGUUAUAUGUUCAUGGCAUGUUCUUUCCAAAUUAUCGAGUUGGUUCUCUCUGCCGCUUGGACCACAGUAUGAAGAGUUCAAAGCUCAGUUCGAUAUGUUGUUUCACUUAGAGGGCAUAGAGGAGUUUGAACAUCAGUGGAAUAUUUUGGUUGCACGUUUUGGACUUGCAUCUGAUAAGCACAUAGCUUUAUUAUUUUCAUUUAGAACAUCCUGGCCGCUUUCUUACAUCAGAGGUUGCUUUCUUGCUCGUUCAAUGACAGCCGAAUUUUCUCAGUCUUUGGAUGCAUUUUUGAAAAGAAUCUUGAGUGGGCAGACUUGUUUACAAUUAUUCUUUGAGCAGGUUGGUGUUGCUGCUGACUUAAGAAACCAAAGCAGGGAAAGGGUGCAAUACAUGCAUAUCAAGACAUGCUUACCUAUUGAAGAAAAUGCACGAAGUAUACUUACUCCUUAUGCAUUCAAUGCAUUACAACAUGAAAUUGUGCUGUCCAUGCAAUAUGCAACAACAGAAAUGGCGAAUGGAUCAUAUCUUGUGCGACACUAUAAGAAAAUGGAUGGUGAAUAUCUUGUGAUUUGGAUACCACAAGAUGAGCAAAUUCAUUGUUCAUGUAAAGAAUUUGAACAUUCCGGAACGUUAUGCAGGCAUUGUCUUCGAGUACUUAUAGUGAAGAACUACUUCGAAAUCCCAGAAAAAUAUGUUCUGUUCCGGUGGCGACUGGAGAGUUCUUUGGUUCCCGGGGAAGAUCAAAAUGGCCAAUGUAGCAGUGAUGAGUGUGCUCAAGCCUUUCAUUCCCUAGCUGCAACUCUGUUGACAGAGUCACUGUUUUCAAAGGAACGUUUUAAUCAUGUUCAUAGGGAACUUACCAAGCUCCUUGAUCAAGUUAGGGAUAUGCCAGUAUGUAAUGAGUUUGCUUUGAAUAUGGCAGCUAACAACAUCAGUGAAUCUUAAGUUUGGUGAUUUAAAUCCUGACUAAUAGAUUCACUUGAGGCCAGCUUAUCUUAAAGAUUUCCGAAUAUUCGGAGGAUGAAAUACAGAGGUGAUGAAGGCCUUUGAUAAAUAAGUAGUUAGUGAUGUUAAUAAUACUGGACAUUAAACACUGUCAAACAACAUAGAGGUGGAAAUAUACUGGCUCUUUUUUUUUUUUUUUCAUCAGAGCCUAUUCCAGGUUACAGGGUUGGUAUAAUUUGUUUUCUUCAGUCUACUAGUACUAUAUAUAUUAUUUUGGAAAGGUCAUGGAAACUUUAUCAGCAUCUAAUGUAAAUAUGCAACUUGA